GACCCGCGGGGAGGGUGGGUUUCAGUGCCCCCGGGACCCCUACCCCAACCCUCGGUGGACGGAAAAAUAGGAGAACCGUUUUUUUUUUUCCUGGCGAGCCACAUCCCGGUGUGUUUUGGCGACUUGAGGACCUCCCUAGGUCGUGGGAUUAACGGGAAGAGCCUCCAUCGCGUUACUGAUGCAUUAAGGUGUGCACGCGGAUGCUGUGGUCGGCGGAGUUAUUGUGACAAGAGGAACCAGGAACCUCAGUCAGGGAAAACACUGCAAGGAAAUGUGACCCCAGGCUUCAGAAGCAGAGCAUGACUUCUGUGCCAGGCUGAGGACCAACAUGCCCCACAUCACUCUUGAGCUGUGAUAGCAUGAAAAACACCCACCCCCAAGGUUCUGCACAGGCCCUCACAGGAAAACCAUUGAAUGGCUGACAUUUGACAACAUGCACCACCAGUGGCUUCUGUUGGCCGCAUGCUUUUGGGUGAUUUUCAUGUUCAUGGUGGCUAGCAAGUUCAUCACGCUGACCUUUAAAGACCCAGAUGUGUACAGUGCCAAACAGGAGUUUCUGUUCCUGACAACCAUGCCGGAAGUGGGGAAGUUGGCAGAAGAGAAGCCCUUUCCUGAGGAACUGAAGGUGACUGGAAAGGUGCUUCCUGACAGCCGGCUUGUUCAACCCCUGGUCUACAUGGAGCGCCUGGAACUCAUCAGAAACGUCUGCAGGGACGAAGCCCUGAAGAAUCUCUCGCACACUGCUGUCUCCAAGUUUGUCCUGGACCGAAUAUUUGUCUGUGACAAGCACAAGAUUCUUUUCUGCCAGACUCCCAAAGUGGGCAACACCCAAUGGAAGAAAGUGCUGAUCGUUCUAAAUGGAGCGUUUCCUUCCAUUGAAGAGAUCCCUGAAAGUGUAGUUCAUGACCAUGAGAAGAAUGGCCUCCCUCGCCUCUCUUCCUUCAGCAAUGCAGAAAUUCAGAAGCGCUUGAAAACAUACUUCAAGUUUUUUAUCGUAAGAGAUCCCUUUGAAAGACUUAUUUCUGCAUUUAAGGAUAAGUUUGUGCACAAUCCCCGGUUUGAACCUUGGUAUAGACAUGAGAUUGCCCCUGGCAUCAUCAGAAAAUACAGGAGGAACCGGACAGAGACCCGGGGGAUCCAGUUUGAAGAUUUUGUGCGCUACCUGGGUGAUCCAAACCACAGGUGGCUAGACCUUCAGUUUGGGGACCACAUCAUUCACUGGGUGACAUAUGUGGAACUCUGUGCACCCUGCGAGAUAAAGUACAGUGUGAUUGGACACCACGAGACCCUGGAGGACGAUGCCCCAUACAUCUUAAAGGAAGCCGGCAUAGACCACCUGGUAUCCUACCCAACCAUCCCUCCGGGCAUUACAGUGUAUAAUAGAACCAAGGUGGAGCACUAUUUUCUGGGCAUCAGCAAACGAGACAUCCGGCGGCUGUAUGCGCGUUUUGAAGGAGACUUUAAGCUCUUUGGGUAUCAGAAACCAGAUUUUUUGCUAAACUAAUGCAUAGGACCAGCAGAUUCACGUAUCUUUGUUAGACCGGGGGCUAACCAGAUGGAGGUCUGAGCACAGGAAUGACACUUCCUCCAGCUCACUGCUCCUUUUAGAACUCCCGAGGGCUCCCAUGGGCCUGUGAGCACGAUGGCAAAUGACACUGACCCUGACUGUUAUGACUCAGUUUGGAUAUAAGAUGCACUGAGGGCCCCGUACCACCCCCACCACCAGUGUCAUUAGGAUGCUGCUGGCCUUCGCUGUCCUCAGAGGAGAGAAAAGACUAAACAUUUGCAUCUGACAGACCCAUGGGGAGGAACACUACACAGCAUCAGGAGCUACCUCCCUCGGCCAUCAAAGGGGACACAGCUGGGGCUCUGCUGGCUGGUCAGGGGUGUCCUGCCUGUCACCAGGGGAUUGCAGGAAUGGCACCCAGCACUUGCAGGAGGGAUGGAGAAGCCAAGGGGCUGCACAAAUCACAGAAGCUCACACAGCAUCACAUCUAGGAACAAAGUGACACCUCUGGCUUUCAUCUCGGUGCUGCUGUGAUCGUGGAGGCAGACCAUUCUUUCAUGAUGACUGUGUUCCUGUGACAUUCAGUGGGGCCCCGAGGGUGGUUUCCAGCAGCCCGUGUUUUCAGAAUCCAUGCCUGCUAACGCUGGCCUGUGUUCCUGAGCCUCAUCUGCCAAGCGCCUCUCUCACUCACCACGAGAGAUACAAUUUUGGAAAGUGAGGGGAAUUUCCCCCCGAGAGGAGGAACAUCUUUGGGGGCCGUAAAAGGAACAUGGCAUGGGAAAGGGAGAGCUGGGUGGGCCUUGGGGCUCAGGCUGCUGUGGAUUUGAGCACGUCUGUCCUGACUUGUCCUGCCUGGGUGGGCAGCAUGGGGUGUCCGCCUGUCUCCCCCAGGGACAUCCAAGCACUAGUAAGGGCAGCGUGCCAGCAUCUCAGAACUCAGUGCAGUUUAGACAUUUCAAUUCUUUUCAUCUCAGCAAAACCCAUACCACAGGGCCCAUUUCUGCUAAUGCCACCGUCCUAUACUCCAUGGCUAGCAGUUGGGCAAUCAGGCUCACCAGCAAUAACAUCCUGGCUGAGGCAGGCUCCAGUAACGUGUCUUCCAGGCACCGAGGCAGGCCCCAGUGAGGAGCAAGCCACAGCGACGCAGCUGCCGUCCAGCAGCCAGGGCCGUGGAGAGACGACAGGACGGUUUCCUAGGGCGCGUCCCCAGCGCUCAGGGGUGCACGGCACCGCUGAACCCGGGGCAGGAGGAGUGAGCUGGGCUUUUCCUAAAAGCAGCCUCAACCUUCCUUUUCUCAAAAUGAUUUCCUGAAUAUGUAAAUGUGAAAGUAAAAUAAAAUUUAAAACGUGCCAAACCUGACAUGGGCUGCAGUUCCUAGGGCAGGUGCUCCCAGGCACUAGUUCCCCUGUCCCCAGGCCGGUGACGGGCAGACAGGCCUGGGCACACGCAGGCUGCUCAGGACCGACCUCCAGAGGGCAGCGGCCCUGCCUUGCGUCCGUCCUCAACUGACUCAGCAAGGAUGUGACAUGGGGGUUGUUUUCCUAUAGGUUUUAGCAGAGUCUUGUUAAAAUUUCAGACCUAAUGAGCUGAUUGAUUACCUCUUUCCUGUUUGAAAUGUAACAGUGUUGAAUAAUGUAUGUGAAUUUAAGGCCUUAAAGUUAGUCCUAAUUAAAAUAGCAUUUUCUC